AAACGCCGUCUACCACUGUACAACAAAUGAUGGAACAGAGAAUUCACUCUGGAAAAGGAAUGAAUAAGGUUUGCUCUGGCUAGUCAAGGUAAUAAUAGCUGUAUCAGCUUUUUUAUGACAAAGAAGGCUUUAUAUGUGCGUUUUACACUUUUCGGGUACGUAGAAUCAUUGAUUUAACAAAUUGUCGGUCAAUUGCUUUUCUCACUCCUGUGGUGGAAACUGAUUCCGGCUCGCUGUCGAUUUUUGGAGGAAUAAUUCUCUGACUUUCAAAAUUUUUAUCUCAUUCUUAUCUCGACCUCCGCCUGAAUGGGGAACUCCUUUACAUUCUGACGUCUACACUUGGAAGAUUUUUCGUGAAUGACAUUGAAAGCUUUCAUGAUACACAAUCGAUGACAUAACUCCAAUAAAAACACAAAUUGUUCUUGUCUGAUAACCUUGUCAAGUUCUUUGGCCUUGCGACAAGCGACGAAAUAUUUAUUAUGUUCUCUGAAACUUCUCCCUUUUUUUCCGCCCCGACAGCUGUGGGUAAAACUUAGCAUAUCCGGUUAGCCUAAGCAUAAUUUCUUUGGCACGUGAGUUCUUUGCUCUUUACUUUGGAGACCUCCAGAAAUAUUUUGUUGUUGUUGUUAUUCUUGUUAUUGUCUCUUGUAUCUUAAUAUAUUUCCACAUGUUUUAAUAGUCAUGACUCUAUUGCAUGUUUAAACAAAUAAACAUAGAGCUUCAAGCAGUGUCAUCAAUCAACAGCACAACACAAACGUUUACUCAGGAUCUCGCUUCAUCAGACGGACAGAUGGAACCACACCGGCAUCAGAAAUAUGCGGCGGAAAAGCGAUAGUAUCCUAGGGUAUUGAAUUCCAAAACGUUUCAGCUCUUUCUCAAGUUGUGUGCCAACCAGAAGCUUUGUGACAGCCAAGAUAAACUCAGGUAAAGACGGUGUUUUUUCUUAGUAAUGUCUCAUUAUAAACCAUUCAUUAUCUCUAUACACCAUUUUGACAUCUAGGUUCUCACUUUGGGUGCACAAGGCCCAAAAAAGAGCAACAUAGUCGUCAAGCAUGUGGAGAACGCUCAAGCUUGUUUUGUUGCUCGUGAUGUGUUUCACCGCCAUCAGUUUUUCGAAGAAGUCAAAGAAGAAAAAAAGUAAGUCGCUUCAUAAACAAUAUUUUUAUCGUACACCUUACUUUCCAGUUCAAGAUCUGUGAUUUCUUUGAUUUCUAUCCUUGAAAACGAACCGCCUUGAGGUCGUUUUACAUUGCAUAUUAUUUGGUAAUACUAACCAAGGCGCCUCAACGCGUGACAAAGAAGAGCCCUAUGUGUCCACAAUCGAUUGGGAAAUUCAUUUCAUUGUUUCCAAAACCGCAAAAAUCGAAUUAUUAGCUAAUAGACUUAUAUUACAUUUCAGCACCUCAUAAAUACACUUUUUCAUUCAUUCUCUUUUAUUAAUACAAGCCGACUUCAAACUCACAGUGAAAGGAAAUGGUAACUAAAAAAAGCUGGUCAACUUACAAUUGGAUCAUAAACAUUUGCUUAAAGAAUUUGGUUUUAUAAGUCCCUUUUCAAAAGAGGUCUUACGGUCCUGUACUGGACUGACAGACAAUGAGAUAAGGUAAUAACCCAAUUGCGAAAGUCGAAAGUCGUCAUGUUCGAGAGAGCUUAAACAACCACGAAUUAAUUACUUUUGCUUUAAGUAGUAAAAUGCAUAAAGAUGGAAGUAACUAUAAAAUUUUGACUUUGUACAGGGAUGCUCCGGCCGAAGUCUUAAUCACCCUCUCCUUUUAUCGCGUUUUGACAUAGCCUGCGAAAACAUCCGUUUCUCCUCGCUCUUCGCCGCUGCGGACGUUUCGCGAGGAGGAACGAAACGUCCCCAGUGGCCAAGAGCGAGGAGAAACGGAUGUUUUCGCAGGCUAGUUUUGACAUGCAGUUAAACGCUAACAAGACGUAAAAUAGUACCUCUUCCGUAUACCUUGAAAUGACUAUGGUAGGAAAAGGAGCUACUUUUUUUCCUCGGCAUCUCAAUCUAUACCUCACCUCACGCCUCGCCGAUGUGGCGGAGCAUAUAUCCCUUUGUAGGAAAUACUUCUAGGGGUCAUUUAUCGUAACUGUGGCGUGACUCCAACGGAGAAGCCGUUUCAAUGGCCGGUCACGGAAUGACAGCAAACACGAAAUACGUUAACAUGGUCAGAAGGACAGUCAUGUAAAACCUCUUGACAACACUGCUUUUUCAGUGUAAAAAAUGAAUGUCUGGGACAAACCUGAUUUGUCGGGAAAGCAUUUUUUUUUUUGGGGGAUAAUUUCCCACAUUUCAAAAUUGGAACGAAAAACCCCCGGGCACUGUACUGCCUUGUAACCCGGCCUUAAAAACGGAUAAUGGCAAACCUGAUUUGUCGGGUACAGGAAUUCCCCACUGUACUGCUAACCGGCGGCACAAACGGAUAUAGCAGAUACAGGAGCGGAGCAGCGGAUUAGAUUGGCUCGGUUUAAGAUAUAGAGAACGUAACAAGCGUGAUGAUUAAAAGAAAAACAUCAAUAAAUAAGAUAAUCCUGUUCUAAUGUUAACAGACUUACCUUAAUCUCCUUGGUAUGUCUGAUCCUCUUUGGUCAUCUGAAUAAAAACAGGAAUGUUAUUUCAAAUAAAUGCCACGCUAUUUAGUGGCAUAGAGAAAUUUUAUCCUGCAAAAGUUCAGAAGAACGAUAAAACUAAAAAAAAAACAACAUCGACUGGGAAAAUGCGAAAGGUGAAUGUUUUUGGGAUCCUCACUUUGAAAUGCACGAAAAGAUGCAUGUAAUUUGGAUAUAUUUUAAUAGUGAGUUUUCUUGUUUCUUACCCUAGGGGCAUUUCUCCUCCGUAAGAGUUAUUUUUGUAUGUAUGGGUGGAUCAAAUGCGUCAAAAUUGUGGUUAGCUGUAAAAAUGUGUCUGUGGUUCACAUUUCAGUUGAAAGGCACGAACCGAAAUGUCCUCACACUCGGAGGGUUAUCGCAAGCAAAUUUCCUUUACUGACUAGAGUGAAUUAGUGGGCCGAAUUAGAGGCUUUUGAUUGAAUGAAACUAUAAUUACAUAUCCCGUACUAAAAUUUUGAAUAUAGAAGCAAAGGCAGAUUCAGCCAUUCAAGAAAUGUGCUCGUAUCUACUUUGUCGAAGUCACUCCGAGUCACUUGGCCAAGAUUGAAAAAACUUCCUUUCACUUUCAAGAGGUCUGAAAGCCCACAAAAUCCAAGGCUUCUCUUAUAUUUUUUUAAACGGCUACAUCUCAGUAAGGGAUUUUUUCGCCACACCCCAAAAGCUAGAAUUUACACUCCUCUCACAACUGAGCGUAGGUUUCGCCUUCGGCUGUCUCUCUACGGUGUCUUAACUUCCUUGCCAACUUCCAAUUAACGUUAGUUAAUUUCUUGGCAUCACAUUUUAGAUAAGAAAUGGAAGGAUUACAGGCGCUUCUGGUGCACAGACCCUGGGAGAGAGCUAAUCACGCGAGGUACAACGGCGGAGGAGUGUCGAAGUUUUUGUGGCGAUGGAUGUGAGGCAGUUGAGUGGUGGGAGAAUGGAAAAAAUGCGUGCUAUACCUGCAAGGAUUUAAAGCUUCUCGCAGAAUUCCCUAAACGACUGAAGAAUGACCAAUCCUUUCCACCGCAUGUGUUCGUCAAGAGAAUACGUAUGUUUGAAUUUGUGAGAUUUUUGCAGACAAGGUCACAACCAAAUAAUUGUGCAUCCCUGCUAUAUUUCUUCGCGUUAUAUUUUCAGCUUUUCUAUAUUCAGUGACUCGAAAGAUCAAAUUACCUAAAAGUGAAGUGUGAUUCGCGAAUGAAGCAAAAAGUUAAGAGUCCUGUCCACGCCCGAUGUGGUUCGCACUUAGAGACUACGGUACUAGAACACUUUCAAAAGCCAAGGCACGUAUCUACACCUUAAUUUGAAAACUGUUGUUUGAGUCCCUGGCCUUUGUAGCCUUUGCUUUGCACUUGGGGGUUCUUUUUUGUACACGAAUUUUAAAGGCAAAUGCUGCCAUUUUUUAUACUUACCAUUUGACUAAACCACACCCUCGGUUGUCAGGGAACCGUGCCGUUUGUCUAUCCAAACCUCGUGAUCUGUAAGGCAGAAAAGAUAAUUUCAAACAAACUGAAAUUUUGUGCUCUGUUGUGAUUCUUUUUGUGCUUGAUUUGUUUUUUAGCUGGUAAAUUCCUACCGCGAAAGUCAGACCUUAUGACCACAGCGACACCUUUUACCACCACUACUCAGGAAACACCGACAUCUCCUUCAUACAAUGAAGGAACAACCAUCUCAACAAAACCAGAAUUCGCAUCUCCAUCAAAUAGUCAGCAAAUAACAACAUCAGUUAUCCAGGAUCAAACAACAUUGCCAACCAAGGAAGUAGGAACUACCAAGUCACCUGAAAAGGACGGAACAACCACACAACCUGGCGAGGAUAAAGGAGAAGAAGAAAGUACAACCACGUCACUUAAAGAGGACGGAACAACCGCCUCUUCUGAAAGAUCAGCCACAGCAUCUGGAGAUGAACGAACAACCACAUCACCUGAAGAAGUCAGUUCAACCACGUCACCUGAAGAAGGGGUAACCACACCGCCUGAAGAGGAAGGAAUAACCACAUCAUCUGAAGAGGAAGGAACAACAACAUCAUCUAAAGAGGUCAGUGUGACCACAUCAUCUGAAGAGGAAGGAACAAUCACAUCACCUGAAGAAGAAGCAACCACAUCACCUGAAGAGGAAGGAACAACAACAUCAUCGGAAGAAGUCAAUGCAACCACAUCAUCUGAAAAAGACAGUGAAACUACCUCAUCUGAAGAAGUCAGUGCAACAACAUCAUCAUCUGAAGAAGGAACAACGACAUCACCUGAAGAGGAAGGAACAACCACAUCAUCAUCUGAUGAAGCAACCACAUCACUUAGAGACGUCAGUGUAACAACAUUUUCAUUUGAAGAGGGAACAACUUCAUCAACUGAAGAGGAAGGAACAACCAUAUCACCUGAAGAAGUCAGUGCAACAGCAUCAUCAUCUGAAGAAGGAACAACCACAUCACCUGAAGAGAUCAGGGUAAUAAAAACAUCAUCUGAAGAAGAAGAAACCACAUCACCUGAAGAGGAAGGAACAACCUUAUCACCUGAAGAAGUCAGUGCAAAAACAUUAUCAUCUGAGGAAGGAAUAAUCACAUCAUCUGAAGUAGAAGCAACCACAUCAUCUGAAGACGUCAGUGUGACCACAUCACCUAAAGAGAACGGACCAACCACAUCACCUGAAGAAGUCAGUGAAACCACAUCACCUAAAGAGGAAGGAACAACCCAAUCACCUGGAGAAGAACAAUCAACCACAUCAGCUGAAAAAGGAGCGCAACGCCGGAAGAAGUCGUCAACCAGGAGGAAGGAAGGAACAACCCCAUCACCUGGAGAAGAACAAUCAACCACAUCACCUGAAGUGGAUGAAGGAGCGACCACAUCGCCGGAAGAAGUCAGCGCAACCACAUCACCUGAAGAGGAAGGAACAACCCCAUCACCUGGAGAAGAACAAUCAACCACAUCACCUGAAGUGGAUGAAGGAGCGACCACAUCGCCGGAAGAAGUCAGCGCAACCACAUCACCUGGAGAGGAAGGAACAGCCAUCUCACCUAAAAAGGGAGGUACAACUACCUCACCUGAAGAGGUAGGAAACACUUCAUCAGCCCCAACAUCUCCAGCUGUAGAGGUGAGCGUCUUAGAUUCUGAAAAAAACCCUUGCUUUAGAGCUUUUAACCAUUGUUACGAGUUUUGACUAUUGAAUUUAUUAAUUUACGCUACAACUAGUUGCAAAAGUACUUGAGACACUGUACUUAUUUUGGCUGAAAUGGCCUGAUCAUGAUCUUGUGCUUGUGAUCUCCCUCCACGUCUUAUCAAAGUUGCUAGCAAAACAAGAUCAUGCUCAAAACGUGGAGGAACAACUUUGAAUGGGAGGGAGAAAUGGAGGUCAGUAUUAUAUCUCAUAGACCUGUGACUAGCAGCGAUUUAAAGUAAGAACGGUGGUUUUUUCGUUGGAGUGUCUCACCAUUUUUGUAACUGGUUGUAGCGUCAGAUAGUCAAGGAACGUUUCCGAUUUAAAUUAAAGGUUGUCGUGUAUACAAAUUCCAUUAUUUGAAACAGUGCUUGCUCAGAUAAUAUAAAAAACCGUCUUGUGUUACUUUGUUGUUUUCGUUAUGCAGGCAACCUUCCCGGAUACGCCCCGGAAUGUAAAGGCCAAGGCUCUCUCUGAAACAGAGAUUGAGGUAACGUGGGAUUCACCAAUCAGAGAGGGUCAUGGAUUGUAUUACGAAGUCAGAGUUGCCGAAGUAACGGAAGGUAUUUAUUCAUAAAAAUGACUUUUCGUUUGUUCUUUUCCACCCUUCGUGCUCUUUGCGUCAUAUCUCUCAAAACUGCCAUUUGCCUUACUAUUUAUGCGUUAUCUAUGAUCAACAAAGGACUAGACUACGAGCAGUCUCUCUUUUUUCUUGGUCCGUCGAGCAAAACGCCCGAGACACGCAAAUGACCACGCCAUGACCGACUCGUUUCUUGCGUCUCCCGGCUUCGCCGCUAAACGCUCUUGCGCGUGUGCACUCCCCUUACUAAAUCUGAAGAAAGAGAUAGACUGCUCGCAGUCUAACAAAGGACAAGCGGAUGUAACUUCACAUUUCAACGCACUGUUGAAUAUCUAACCUCUAUACCAAAUUUAAAAUUCUUUAUCAUAUAAAUACUCUUCAUAUCUCUUCCCUUUAGACGUGGGAGUUACGACUGAACGGUUGAUUCGAGUGAUUCGAAUGCCUGGAACCAAUCCCAGCUUCGUCAUUAGGUCUCUAAGCCCUGAGUCACAGUACAUAAUCAGUGUUUCUGCUGGAAAUGAUUACGGUCCCAGUGGCUGGUCAGACUUAAUUUACAGCGAAACUCCAAAAGUUAUCAAGGCUAGAACUGAAACAGCGGAUUGCUCUGGAAAGAAUGAUACAACUAACGGAGGUAAAUGCUUUAAAAGUAAACCAAUGAUGGAGUGUGAAUAGGAGAAUGAACAAAGAAAUGAAUGAACGAACGAACGAAUGAAUGAAUGAAUGUUCUGAACGAAUGGAGGCGUGAAUAAGAUCUUCGAACGUUUAGGUCUCAAUCUAAGGAAACGAGUGUGUGCCUUUAGAUAAGCUUAAAACCAGAAUGUAUCCAAAAUUUCUUAAUUAAAAUAAAAUGUGGACUGAUGGACGGAUGAAUGUGGACUGGACUGGUGUGUAGACCGGGAUAAAUUGAAAAAUAGAGGAGCUAAUUAAAUGCAGCUACUUUUUCGAUCAACCGGUUAAGUUUAUACGGUCUCUUAAAGUGUGUAAAUUUUCUAUACUUUUAAACAGGGGAAAUGCCAUCUUGUGUGAACGUUGAGAACGAUGACCAAAUCUACACGGUAAACGCGAGUUAUGGCCGCUGGCCUGACGACGGCUUUUGCCGCACCCUGUUGGAUUCUGCGGACGUAUCAGCGCAUGACCAAAUUGACGCUUACAAGAUCUCCGCUGACCUAUACGUGCCUGAACUUAAAGGUUUCUCUGAUGAUGUUUAUCUUGGUGUUUUGUUCAACGCUAAGGAUGAGAACAAUUUCGAUUUUGUCUCCUUCAGGUAAAAGACUUAUGAUAGAAUGAUGCUGAGGUUCUUUUUCUUCAUUUGUUUUGUGUCCAGUUCAGUUGUCUCCCUCGUAGCAGUUUUUGUCUCGUCACGCAACGCUCCUUCCCGACAAAUUAACUAAGGAGCGUUACGUGACGAAACAAAAACGGCUGCGAGACUAGGGAGACUAGGGGUGCUUACCAUUUGACAGAAAAAUCCGUUCGGGGAGUCGAAAGCAUAAUGGUAAGCGAUAUACCAGUUUACCGAAGAACUGCUACAUCCGUUACGUUUUGAAUCCAAAAAAGGGCGAAUUUGUGUAGCGUGAGUCUGGAACCGAGAAGGAACCGAGAAAUUGGUUAAUGGUAAGCAACAUUCCGUUUGGUUUGUACGAACCGGAAUGAAAGGACUACCUCAAAACGUACUCCUCAAUUUUCGGUUGGAAUUUCCGAAAAGUGACCUUACCAUUUACAUUUCAUCCGGAAUUUUCGAAAUUUUCUGUCAAAUGGUAAGCACCCUAGCAGUUCAGCAGCUACCGAUGUGUUAUUUUUGUUAUUCGAAGCUCUUUCAUUGGCCGAAUAAUCUUGCGCCGUUUUUUAGCCAAUCAGAAGGGACUCCACCUCAAAGCAUGAAAUUGCAGGAGCAGGAUAUAACGCUCUUAGUUAAACGAAAUGUGAUUGGCUCCUUUGAGCCUCUGCGUAUUUUGAUUGGGUAGACCUUUUUCACAUGACGUUACGGCAGCAAUUUUGGUGUCCCAAAACAAUAAAACGGUGGCCAUGUUUGGUUUUGGAAACAAAUCCUGUGGGAGUUGAACUCUUUCUUAUUUGAAUGCUUUCUUUUGUUAAAAUAAAUUUACAUAGAUGUUGGCCACGUGUAUGAAAACGCUCUAUAGUUAACUCUAUUUUAGUGUUACAAAACUCGUUCGAAAACUCCUCCAAUGGCUCACAGAUUAAAACAUGUUUAACUUGGAAAAGAUCCCAACGGUACCUCGUUGGGAAACUUUGAAAUAAACAGGCUUCCCAGAAGAUUUCAGUAGCGCGUAGCAGAUAGUGAAGGAGUAGAGCAAUAAAAAAAUAUGCCAAGAGAAGAUUAAGGAAAGGCAUGGAAGAGCUGUCAUUGAUUUGAGUAUAGGCUUUUUUGUACGCAAGUAAUAAAUUAGAAAUUUUAGUGUUCUUCAAGCAAGUAAAGAAGUGAAAAGAAGUAGAAAUAUCAUCAAUUCGUUCAUUGAAGGUGAAAUAAAUUUACUGGCGCUAACUUUCCUGCGUCAUUAGUCUAUAUUCGCCACUUGCACAUUUCCCAUAAUGCACCUUAUUUGCCCCAACCCCCCCCAUUUUUGCAUAAGCAUUGUUCUUCAUUUCUCCUGGUAUUACAGCCAUCCAAAAAGAAAUUAAAAACAAUGCUUAUCCAAAAUUUUGAAGGGCAAAUGAGGUGCAUUAUGGGACAUGUUCAAGUGGCGAACAUAGACUAAUGACGCAGGACAGUUAGCGCCUGUAAAUUUAUUUAACCUUCAAUGAACUGGUGCAUAAUUUUCAGACGUACACGAUCGCUUGUUCCCUUUGCUUAUGAAAUAACUGAUUUAUAUCAUUGUUUUUAAAAUCUCCUUAGGUUUGGUUCAAGGGACAACUCGUGCUUUCAAACGGGCACAGCACGAAAUGGUCAGGUAAACUGGUUUGGAUCCCAGUCAGGUUCAUGUCCUUUUGGUCCUCCCGCCAAAGAACGAUGGACGCGUACCGCUCUUGAAAUACGAGACUCCGAAGUCACUGUCUUUCUGGACGAUACGUAUAUAACUUCUUUUAAAGCUCAUCUUCCUCUAAAGGCUGCUGGUGGUGUGGCAGUAGCCAAUAACCAUGGCAACGUGAUACGAUUCAAGGACUUCAGCAUCACUGAUUUGCCGCCACUGCCAUUUACUGACAAGAGUUGCGCUUCGUUGCAAGAUCAUAAGGAGUAUUAUUCAAUUAUUAGCCAGAAUGAUCAUUGGUUCCAAGGUUUUUGCCGCGUUCGAGCUAAAGACGCUAUUGGUCAAGACAGUCUUAAGGAGAAUGAGACUAGUUACCAGAUUUCGGUGGAUUUAUUCAGCGAGGUAGACUGGAGUGGGGAUAGACUUGCUUACGUGGGAAUCAUAUUCAACGCACGUGACAUUAAUAACGCAGACUUCAUUUAUUUCAGGUAAUAAAUGCUAUACCUAACCACUUAAGCUCCAGAAAGCAAUCGUCAAAAACGUUUGACUCCUCAAACCUCACUUAGGAUGUGCCACCCAUGUUGAACUCAUUUUCAUUCCUUGGCUCGCUUCAUGCUUCCUCAGUUAUAACAGCUACACGUUAGGAUCAAAAGAACCAGCUUGCACAUCAUAAUAAACAGCAUCACAGCAAAGUACUGCUCAGUAGCUCUCAUUUGAAUGGUCACACUAUAGGAUUUCUUUGACAGACUUAAAAUUUAGAGUCACACUUUAGGAUUUCAUCCUCUGACUUAGAGUUAAAAUCACCUUGUACAGCAUAAUAAACAGUACCACAGGAAAGUACUACUCAGUAGCUUUCAUUUGAAAGGGCCUAAUAAAAGGUUUCAUCCAGAGACUCAAAAGUUUGAACCACCAUGUACAACUUAAUAAACAGUACCACAGGAAAGUCCAGCUCAGUAGCUCUCACUUGAAUGGUCACACUUUAGGAUUUCCUCCAUAGACUCAAAAGUUUGAACCACCAUGUACGGCUUAAUAAACAGUACCACGGGAAAGUAUUGCGCAGAAGAUUUAAUUGGUUACACUUAGGGGGUUUCGUCCACCGCUCCCAUAUCCCCCACAAAGCCGUUUGAUAAGUUAAUGACGCAUAAGACGCUUAGUUAAAAAAUCAGCGAUUUUAUUUUAAUAUACUUCUAUUUUUUCACACUAAUGAGAUAUUUUACUUUUUAGGCCUUUCUGGAAAGACCACUGUUACCAGACAGGAUACCUCUUAGCGGGGUAUCAGAUGCGAGAGGGUUCUAAAACAGGACCCUGCUCAUGCGCUGUAAAAGGAGGAAAAUGGUUCAACGUUCGUUUGGAGAUUCGCGGCAACAUGGUCACUGUCAUCAUGAAUGACAUACCCACAACGACAUUUAAGUCGCAUUACUCUGCGAUCAAUAAGGGCAGCGGUGUUCUUGUUACUGGCGGCCGUCGGAUGGCCAUCCGUUUCAAGAAUUUGUUUACCUGGAGACUUCCACAACUUCCGUUCGUCUCUAAGCAUUGUCAAAGCACGAGAGUUGCUGAGGUGCUUGGUGGAGAUGUUUUUACAUUGAUGGCGCACAGUGGGGUGGAAGACCCUGAACACUCGGUUAUUUGUCGUGCCCUGUUUCCUAAGGUUAUUGUUGCAGACAGCUACGUCGUAAGUGUUAAAAUCCAAGCUAAGGGAAGCCUGAUGGGAGGAAAGUAUGGAAUCAUAUUCAAUGUUAAAAACGCUGACAGCUUCGAUUUCGUGUCUUUCAGGUAGGUCAGCUGGAAUCAAACAAGAGCAAAAAGGAGGGCGAAAGCUGGUUGAAAUAUUCCAGCCUUAAUUCACUGAUUUUGUUCCUUAAGCUGUGCUAAAGGAGCUGAUGAGGCUUUUUUUUACCGGCUCAAUCGAUAUCCACUGGAUAGCACAAUUGGUUUCCUUUAUACCUAUCCACUAGAUAAUGAUUUUUCUAGUGGAUAGCGCUAACCAGCAUUUGAACAAUUGGGGCCAGCCCCUCGGGGAAUUGCUGUUUUAUAUACUAUCAUCAUUAACUGUAUCACUCACCUAUCAGUAACCUCUACGCAGACGCUGAGAGGGGGGGAUAACUAACGGUGGAGUUAAACCUCCUGCUACGGACAUUGAAGAUUUUUUUUUUGGCGUUGAAAAGAGAGUUGAAUUUGAAAUCCUUCCGCAAAAGAGGUGCCCUGAACUUAAGUAACAAACGGUUAUUUAACAAUUAUUCCUCGAGAAUAACUAGAGGCCAACUGGUUGGUCAAAAAUAUCGAGAAUAAAAAAAUUUUAGCUUGUUAAAGCUAGACUUUAAUCCUUUUUUGCCGCCAAAAAGCCUGCGCUUUUCGCUACUAGGGGGCUAUAACAUAUAGCCUAGUAGUAGCUCAACCAAUCAGAAUGCAGCAUUGAUAAUAGACCACUAGCUGGAUUUUACUAAUGGCCUUUAUUUUUCAUCCAAAUAACCCCACAACUUUUCGUACUAAAACGAUGCUCCCAUUCUCUCAGUAGUGGCCAAUUACAACUUUUGUUUCUUUUCCAGGCCUUACCAUCGAAGCAGUUGUGUGGAGGCUGGACACUUUAAAGUCAACAACGUAAAAGAAUAUUAUACGAUUAAAUCCUUAUCAUGCUCAUAUGGAAUUCUUAAGAGCGGAAGAUGGUACGAUGUCCGCGUGAAAGUAAGUGGAAGAGACGUCAAAGUUCUUGUUAAUGACGUGGAAGUUGCUGGCUUCACGAGUCAUUCUGAUGUCAAUGGACGCGGAGGAGUCAUGGUGGCCAGCGGUUUUAAGAGGAAAAUAAGCUUUAAAAAUUUUCGUGUUUUUAAUUAGACAGCUACUCAUACUGCAAUGAAAAAUGCAAGAAUAGUAUAAGCCUGGCCUAUUUCUGAAAAAAAUUUAAAUUUUCUUAUCGGUUCAGGACGCAUCCCAGGGACCAAUAAGGCCUUAUACUUUUGACACUUUUCUGUGGCGUGAUUUUAGCUUAUGUUUUUAAAAGUUAUCCAAUUAUAUAUUCACAGCUUUCCCUUUGCUCAUGCCAGCGUUGUUAUUUAUAUAGGGUGCCUUGCUUAAAAUAUCGCACAACCAAGUUAUGAAAUAAAAUUUGCUGCCAGCAAAUCAGUGACAACCUAAAAGUGUUUUUUUUGAUAACUUGGCUUAAUAACUAAGACUUAACAUGCGAUGACAGACCAUUUUACAGUUACAGGUGGAAACGAGGUUGGAGUUGGCCUUGUUUUCGUACAACUCUUUCUGCUUUAUUAUGUAAAUCAUAUCGUUCUUAUGCUGACUGGUUUUUGUUAAGCAUAAUUAUAUUUCCAUAUGAAAAAGAAAGAGAUUUGUAGCCGGCAAAACAAGGUCAACCUCUGCCUCACGUUCACUCAAAAGCUGGAAUACUAAACUCACCAGGCCACAACAGUUGUAAAAUGGUCUAUUAUAUAAUCGUUUCAUUUUCAUCUUGUUACCCC